GUGCUUCUCAGCGCCCGCAGUUCAGACCUGGGGGUCGCGUUUGGGGACCCAGCUGGAGUUCGCGGAGGCGCGGCGGUGAGAAGCGCGCUCCCGCUAGGGGUCGGUACGUGACUUUCCCCCCUGAGGUGAACAGCGAGGAACACGCUCUGCGAGCGAGACGAUAUCCCCGGCUUCCGACGACACGCGGGUGAGGCCGAGCCCCGGCGCCACCGGGACGCCAUGGCCGUGCCUGCCCGCCGACUGUGCCACGUUGCUUUCCACGUGCCGGCCGGGCAACCCCUCGCCCGCGACCUGCAGCGUCACUUCGGCUUCCAGCCCCUGGCGGCGCGGGAGGCUGACGGCUGGCGGCAGCUGGCCCUUCGCAGCGGCGAUGCUGUCUUUUUGGUGAACGAGGGCGCGGGACCCGCGGAGCCGCUCUACGGCUUGGACCCGCGUCACGCCGUGCCCAGCGCCACGAACCUGUGCUUCGAAGUGACUGAUGCUGGCGCUGCCGCCCGGGCGCUGGCCGCGCGAGGCUGCACCGUGCAGGUGCCGCCGGUCAACGUGCGGGAUGCGCAGGGCGCGGCCACCUACGCGGUCAUCGGCUCGCCCGCCGGCAAUCUCAGCCUGACGCUGCUGGAGCGCGCCGGCUUCCGUGGGCCCUUUCUGCCCGGCUUCGCGCCCGUGGCCUCGGCACCCGGCCCGGGCUGGGUCAGCCACGUGGACCACCUGACCCUGGCCUGCACCCCCGGCAGCACCCCCGCACUGAUGCGCUGGUUCCACGACUGUCUAGACUUCCGCCACCUGCCACUGAGCCCAGGUGAGGAUCCGGAGCUGGGCCUCGAGGUGUCAGCUGGGCCCGGCGGCGGGGGGCUCCGGAUCACCGCCUUGCGAGCCCCGCCGAGCUGCACUGUGCCCACCCUCGUGUUUGCCGAGUCCCUGCCUGGGGGCACCGAUGAACCGGACCAAGUGGAGAAGUUCUUGGCCCGGCACAGGGGCCCGGGGCUGCAGCACGUGGGGCUGUACACACCGAACAUCAUGAGAGCUGCAGAGGGGGUGGUGGGGGCGGGGGGCCGCCUCCUGACCCCUCCUGAAGCCUACUACCAACAGCCGGGCAAGGAAAGGCAGAUCCUAGCUGCGGGGCACGAGCCCCGCCUGCUGGCCAGACAGGGGAUCCUGCUAGAUGGCGAGGAAGGCCAGUUUCUGCUGCAGGUCUUCACCAAGUCCCUCUUUGCCGAGGACACUUUCUUUCUAGAGCUGAUUCAGAGGCAGGGCGCCACAGGCUUCGGCCAGGGCAACAUCCGGGCCCUGUGGCAGUCUGUGCAGGAGCAGGCGGCCCGCAGCAGGAAAGACUGAGCUCGGUGCAGCCGCCUAUCCUGGAGCUCUGGGCCACCCAGCACCCAUUCGCUGGCACCAAAAGACAGGCCAGAGGGAAAGGCUGUGGAUGACCCCAGGGGACCUAUAAGGCCACACCAUCUCAUGGGCACCUGUCAGGAGCUAAAUUCUCUUCCUGGAGUCUAAAGGUGGGGUUUUGUUGAAACAAUUUCUUACAUAUAGUCUGUAAAAUAGAGGAACCACCUUUAGGAUGUAACCAGUAAUUCUGAAGUUUCCUUGUACUCUCUGAUCCUGUUUCCCUCCACCCCGCAUCCCAG